GAAAACUUGUCGGCCAUCUCAUUUGUAGAGACAGACGGUUGCGGUAGGCCGUGAAGCGCUUUUGUGCAGUUUGCUGUAGGAGCUGGUUGGUUUUUCAUUGCUGAAGUUUGACCAUAGUUGUUUUUUACGUUGCCGGAAUAGUUGUAUUCAUCCUCAACAAUUCAAUAUUUGCGUUUGUUUUUGAGUUAAUCUCUAAACAAGGCGAAACAACGUUAAAAAAUGGAUCAAAUGUUGUCUAGCCCUGGUUUCAGCAUUCCUUCUAUUGGAACUCCACUUCAUCAACCAGAGGAGGACCAACAGAUUUUGCCUCACAAUAGUCCAAUUCCGACACCACGUCAACAACAACAGAAUGGAUUUGGACUUGCUUUGCCCCACCAACAGAUCAAUAAUUCUUCAAGUUCCCAGAACCUUUACAGUCUACCGGGAUUCACACCUCAGCACAUGUUACAGCCACAGACACCGCAAGCCCUCAUGUCACCUGCUCCAAACCGAGGAUCAAGUGCAGCAAUUGGUGAUUCUCACAUGCAUUCGCAAGGAACACCGGCUCCUGCCGGAAUGUUUGGUCCUUCUACACCUGCACCUAUGACACCACACACACCAGCUUCUGCUGACCCUGGAAUUGUUCCUCAAUUACAAAACAUAGUAUCAACAGUGAAUCUGGGAUGCAAAUUAGAUCUUAAAAAGAUUGCUCUUCAUGCACGUAAUGCGGAAUACAAUCCGAAACGUUUUGCAGCUGUGAUUAUGAGAAUCCGUGAGCCAAGAACAACGGCCCUCAUCUUCAGUUCUGGGAAAAUGGUAUGCACAGGAGCAAAGUCUGAAGAAGAUUCAAGAUUAGCAGCCCGAAAAUACGCGCGCAUUGUCCAGAAACUAAACUUCCCUGCAAAAUUUCUAGAUUUUAAAAUUCAAAACAUGGUUGGUAGUUGUGAUGUAAAAUUCCCUAUCCGUCUAGAAGGUCUCGUUCUGACUCACAGCCAGUUUAGCAGCUAUGAACCAGAACUCUUUCCUGGUCUCAUUUACCGAAUGGUUAAACCCCGUAUUGUGUUAUUGAUUUUUGUUUCAGGGAAAGUUGUGCUUACUGGCGCCAAAGUUCGUCAAGAGAUCUAUGAUGCAUUCGAUAACAUCUACCCCAUCUUAAAGAGUUUCAAGAAGCAAUAGGACAGUGUCAAAACGUCUAUGACAAUUUAUUACUUACGUACGUUGGUCUUAUUCCGGAAGUUCUCCUCUGUUUAACUCAUCGCUGAUUUGUGCUUUCGGGUACCAUCGGGUAACUCUGUUGCACGUUGCAUUCACAUUUUCUUGUAUUGAUAUUUCAUCCCGUAAAAAAAUACAGACAUUUUUCACAAAUGUCUGCCGUAAUAAUGCGAUUUUGAUACUUACAGUGCACAACGCAAAUGUUCGAAGAAAACCAAUUAGAUAGCAGAAUGUUUCGGCUCCGGUUUUUUUAGCAACAAAGUACUCGUUUCCUCGCCAUCGUUAGGCUCUGGCGUAGUUUCCCGUAAGGGGUGCGAAUCGGAAACUCCUGUCAAAAAACCUUAUUCAAUCGAUCCGGUAAGCUAUUUAAUGAAAUAAUUUUUUGGAAUACCAUUUUUAUGUCCAAGGAGUUUCCGGCAAAGAAAUAUCGCAAACGAAUUGUUGGCUGCUUGAAUUGUUGCAAUAGAAAUCAUGAAGUGAUCGUUGCCAAUGUUGGAAUAACCGCCUGCCAAAUGCCUAUCAACUGAAGUUUUCGGGUAUCAUUAGAAAGUAUGGUGAUAACGAACCCGAUUCUUGGCACAAGUAUGCCCUCACUUUUAAUUACUGAAGUUGCAUGAUGCCCGAAAAGAACCAGAUCUAGGACAAUUCCAAUAGCUGAGACAACGAUAUGAAAUUUCGCCCUGGAAACCAAACGGGAAAAAAGAACGAUAACGUACGAACCGAUUAGCCACAUGCCACGUAGUAGUUUUUCAGCUAUGAAGCGAUUUUUAAAUACCAAGAGCUGGCGUGAAUUUCCCCAAGAUAGUAGCUAGUACUAGCCAGAAAAAAACCAUAUAUGCCAAAACAGAUUUCAAGUUCGAAACUCCAGUUAAGGUCAAAUUGGCUCAUGUCGGCGUGGGAUCGAAUCUGGAUUGAAGGUACGUAAAACAUAACCCGUACAAGCAAAAGCAACCGUAAUGUUACCUGCCAAAAGACUGUGAUGAUUCCUAUAAGCAAUCCAAUGAUUGCUGUAGUGCGGAAUCCAGCUCUUAAAAAUCUUGCCUGAGACGAGCCUGGUGCUACACAACAAUCGUACGCCAUGGAACGAAUUUAGAGAAACACUAGUUUUCAAACAACGAUCUGAUCCUUUUUCUUGGAUUUUCUUUUAAAUCUUAAAUUUUUCCAGGGAAGCGAGGCGGCGUUGUGGACCUCAGCAUCCGCUUUGAUAUGGUUUUUGGUUAACGAAAAUUUUCACCACAGCAUUAUUUUAGGUUAUGCCUUUUGGUAAGAGAGUAUCCUGUGCGAGCUAGUCGCGAGGUGGCUAAACCUCGUGAUUUUUUAAAACGUAACCGAGUACAUAAAUCAUUAGACACUACUGUUUUGGCCAAAUGCUUACUUUCGACUCGAGUUCGGCACGUGUAUUAUAUUAUCUAGACAGAACGAUUCCUACACUGUCGUGAUGCCGCAUACUUUAAAAGGGAAACUGGACCGUAUAAUCAGAUGUAAUUCUGGCUGCAUAUCCAUUUCCGCGGCCGCUAACUUCAUAUUUUACCUUCCAAAAUGGAUUGUCGUUGAGUUACAAGCAAUAGUGCUUGCCAAUGAAAAGGCAAUUACCAAGCCGUGAAGAACACCCAGUAUGGUCAGCGUAAUUGGUGUACUCCCUCGUCGAAUUACCAUCAAGACAUCGUUGAAUUCAGCACCUGAUGAAUGUCACCAUUUGCUUUUAGGUAAUUAUGCAUAAACUUUCUAGUUAAAAUUUCUCCGUACGGCAGUUGCGCAUGAUUCCAUGGAAAUCUGAAAAGCUACAUUUAGCCACAAGGUGAAGAGGGUAGUAAAAUAUAACCCCGAGGUCAAACAGUGUGUAUCCAACAAGGGUGAUGGAGCAACAUACAAGCGCCCUGGAAUAGACAAAACCUAUUUAUUUUGUACUCUAUUACUAAUAAUGUAACAUUCAUGUAGCUUACAUGUUUUUUGAAAACGCCCGGAUAGACCAAAUGACAAGGACUGAUAGUAGCACAAUGUAAAGGCAAAUAGCUAAUCCGUUCACGGUAGCAGGAAUCCAAGGAUUAUACGGCACGUCGUGCGACCCUUCUUGUUCACGAAAUGCCCUGAUCAUCGACAUCUGAUCCGGUUUCAUUUCCUUCUGCCUCGUCGUCGUGAACGGAAUAACCACAGAGACCAGGAACCAUAGGAAAGGCAUAGUGAAGAAACCAUCCGGUUUGAUGAUGGUUGGGAAAGUGAAGGAAAACAAAUAUGCCCAUUUAAAAAAAAAAAGGAUGUGUAUUUUAACUCAUGCAAUCGGGAUGAUGUCAUCUUACUGCGACGAUGAAAUAAAAGAUAAGAACAGUUAUCUGUUGCGAUGAGAUCCGUUGCCGCCAUUGAUCAGAAACUGUCAUUUGUACCUGUUCGAAGUGGCAAACAACAUAAAAGGAUACAAGAAUGGAGCAAAAAUUGACAACGGCAUGCAGGGUUGUGCCGAUGAUGAUCAACAAUAGGGAGUUGGAAAACUUACGGCAGUUCCGUAUGCCGAAAUUGCCUCCAAGUCCUUCGAAUUCGUUUGGAUUGCAUCGAGUGAUGAGAUGGAGACCGUGGAAUGAAAGUAAGCACAAGUCCAGCGCUAGGGCGAUGAGACUCAUGACGAGAAAAGUUAUUGUUCUGGAACCCGUUCAUGAUAGCAUUAGAAGCUUCAAAAGGAUUAAGAAAAAUGUCGAUAAUCAAAUAAGACAAGGAGAUGGAUCACUUACAUGCAUCUGGAUUUGGCUUUUGCAGCGCAGGCAGUUACGAUGGCUAAGAUGAUAAAGUAAACUCCAAAGGUAAGACCCGUGAUGGCGAUAGGCAGUAACGGGUUGUUGCGGAUGUCAUUGAGACGUAUAUCGUCUCUAUAUACAACCAUGGUUGCCUUGUUCACCACAAGAGAAAAUGGUCAUUUUGUGUGGCACAUGGCUUAGUCAUUUUGGUGAGUUACCUCUAGAACGAUUAUUCCAAGCCCCAAAAGUAAUCCUAAGGUGCCCAGGAAGUAUAUGUGCCUCCUGGGGUAGUCGCUCUUCCAUACUGUGCCGUUCUCGGCCAUCAUUUCGUUUACACGUUUUUAUCUUUUUGCGUUCUUUUCUUAUACUUACGUAGGAUAUGCAGAUAUACGUCCACGAGACUACACAGCGACUGUUGUCAUCAACCACCGAAACGGCUGGGAUCACUAUUGUUCGACGAUAAGUUGGCCAUGCUUUUAUACCUUACGCUGCCGGGUAAUUUAUUCUACCUGUUGGCGUAGUUUGGAAGAGGAAAAUCAAGUAGCAAUAUCGAGAAAAUCCGUAACCGUUUAUCAGAAAGAUCGUAACGCCAGAUUUCUCUCUACAUCGCAAAUAUGUAUGGAGAAAUCAUAUCAACAUCUCCGCAUGUUUGGACGGCCUUUGUUUGUUUUUUUUUGGUCGGAGGAACAGGGAAGGCUGGUUAAUCCGUAACCGGUUCCACAGUUGUGUGCUUAAGGUACUACAUCAAAUUUUUAUAGCUACGCAGUUAGCGCUGCUGGAGAGCUCGAUCGGUGGAAUAAGGAAAUGGACGUCGAGGAAAGGGAAAUUUCACGUCCUAUUGUCAAACCUGCAAUUGUAAGUAUGGUAGCCGAUGCCGUCAAAUGGAACAACAGCCGUAGAAUAACAACCACUUCCGCUUCUGGCACAAAAAAUAACCAGACUAAACUGCUGAAUGUUGACUUUUUGUCGACAUAGCACAACGUUGAUGUAGGGGCAUCAUUCGAUCGUCGUAUUCGAAGAAAUAAGGAUCUGGCUUUCAAAGUCGCUUUAAAGUAGCGGUGUGUUCUCGUCUAAAUAGUGAAAAUGUCGAAUAAAGGCGUGAAGUAACCGGAACUAUGUGG